GGGAUCAGCUGAUCUUCAAAACAUUCGACAUGGCUGACACGACCUUAAAGCACUGGUAUUCAAAGAGUUCGGGGGAUUCGGCGGGAAUGACAGAUAACUCUGACAACGAAACUUUCCGAGUGGUCGCCCCUGGCGAAAACCUUCAACCAGGGGAGCUGGAGGUGUUCAUCCCCACGGCCGUCUACUACCCCCACUUUCCCGCGCAGUCGGGCUUCAACCUCUUCCUCAACGGCUGGGCGCGUCACAAGUCCGACAUGAACUUCAAAUGUUGUCUGAUGCGUGCCGCUAAGGACGGGUCACCUGACGCCGAGACCUUGACCGAGGUCCAGACCUACAACUACCACAUCUACGAGCAGUGGAUCGUCGACAUGCAAAACGCCGAGUUUUCCUGCUCAAUUUCCAAAUCUCAAAUAACCAGCCUCGGAAUGCUAAUUUUAGCUACGUGACCUUUGCCGAGACUUCCUGUUUGCGAGCGCCACGCGAAUUGUUAAAAAUAGUCUACCCCGAAAGAGCCGACGGAACGGUUGGCGUGUGUUUGAAAAUAUCGUACGGGACGAUUAACCCGGAGCACAUAAUCGAGUGGUUCGAAUACGCACGGAUGAUGAACGUUACCAAAGUGUUUACCUACACUUUUGAGAUAAACGAAUCUGCAAUGAAGGUAUUCGAGUACUAUGCAGGGAUCGGAUUUUUAGAAAUGCAGCCGAUACAUCCAGCCAAAUCAAAAUUUGGACCAAAAAGAGGCUACAACCGACCUAGAUUUGAACAACAGGCGUGGGUGGAUGAGGUCAUGGGUGCCAACGACUGCAAGCACCGGAUGUCGGGAUACGAUUACGUCAUCGUGAUGGACAUGGACGAGUUCAUCUGCCCACAGCGUACACUGACCUCCUACUACGAUAUUUUGAAGGAGGCGUCCAAGAUGAAACCAAGUGCCGGAGCUUUUGUGUUUGACUCCCAUGUCAUGAUGCUAGACUGGGGGGAAACUAGGGUCUCGCCCAUACGUCUGAUGAGGUACACCCAGAGAACGACGGUGCCCAACUACGACGGGCCCGACAAGAACACCAGAUGGGCUUUCAUGCCCCGUAGGACCUACUACGCCAGGAACAACUACGUCGAUGUCAAAGGCCCGUUUACUACGUGGCAGGUCCCGUAUGAGCUUUACACCUUGUUCCACUACCGCAACUGUAAAUUUACCUGGAAAGGUUGUAAAGAGAGGGAGAGGGAAGAAGACAACAGCAUGCUCAAAUUUGAACAGCCGCUGUUGGAAAGGAUCCGCCAUCUACCUCUCAAGAUGCUGCUGUUUAACAACACUAAUUACUUUAAUUACUUAAUGAGUUGGAAUCAGUAGAUGAGACUGUUGGUAGAGGAUGAUGUUGUAGUUACAAGGACUCCAGCUCUCUGGGUGUGAGAUCAAUUUUGUUGCAAGUAAAUUGCAUUCAAAGUACAUGUAUGUAUAGGAGGUGGAUACUCUGUUUUCCCUACCUUCCACUACCCUUCACGCCACCCCCAGAGGUGUAGUGACUAGUGGGG